UUUGACAUAGGCAAUACAAUAUAGAUAAGAGUCCGGAAAACAUCAAGAUUCAAACUUGAGAAGAGAAGAAUCGACACUCAAGUAUUAAGGUCAGAGAUCAAUAUUCAAGAGACAUCAACGCAUACAGAUCUAACAUCAUCUACAAGAAAGCAACAAAAUGACCAUUACACCAGAAAGGCACAUGUUUCUGCAAAGCGGGAAUGGUAGAGGCAACUCGGGACUUGUUCUCUCCACAGAUGCUAAGCCUAGACUUAAAUGGACACCAGACCUUCACGAGCGGUUCAUUGAAGCGGUCAACCAGCUUGGAGGCGCAGAUAAAGCUACUCCAAAAUCGGUGUUGAAGCUAAUGGGAAUUCAAGGACUUACGUUAUACCACUUAAAGAGUCAUCUCCAGAAGUACAGGCUCGGUAAGAAUCUAUGUGGGCAAGCUAAUGGCGGUGGGACACAUAAAAUCAGUAUGUCACCACAAAAAAGAGAUCGGGUCGACGAAACAGAUGGAAUCCAAUUAAGCAAUUCAAGUGUAGGACCUCAAACAAACAAAAACUUACAAAUAAAUGAAGCACUACAUAUGCAAAUUGAAGUUCAGAGACGGUUACAUGAACAACUUGAGGUGCAGAGACACUUGCAACUUCGAAUUGAAGCACAAGGGAAGUACUUGCAAUCAGUUCUUGAAAAGGCACAAGAAACAGUUGGAAGACAAAAUUUGGGUGAAGUGGGACUAGAAGCUGCCAAGAUUCAACUAUCCGAAUUAGUCUCGAAAGUAUCCACACAGCGCCUAAAUUCUGCUUUUUCAGGAAAGAAAGAUAACCAGGCAACAGACUGCUCAAUAAACAGCUGCUUGACCUAUUGCAAAGGUCAACAAACGGGUCAAGAAAUGAUUGGUCUGAAUUUUUUAAAGUCAAAGAAGGCUGAAAAUGAGCCAGAAAGUGCAUGGUGCGAAGAAAUGAAAGAUAACAAGAAUUUUCUUUCCGCAAGUGAUUUGUCUAUGAGAAUUGGACUCGAGAGUCACGCAUGGAAUGCCAGUUUUGAACAGAAGCAGAUGAAUCAGAAUACUGGUUUCUCAGAUCAAGUUACACGAAAUAAAAAAGAACCAGUUAAAUCAGAGUUUCCAUAUUUUGAACAGAAGCUAGACUUAAAUGGACGUGACGAAAAUGAUGUUGCUUCAAGUAGAAAGAAUUUUGAUUUAAAUGGACUAAGUUGGUGAUGACAAGGAGGUCACCUUUGGAGUUCACGUUAAGAACUUAUGUAAAAUAUAAAUAGUUUGAAAACAUGAAAUAUAUGAUCAAAUAAUUUAUUUGGAGA